ACUUUGUGUGUUCCCUGUUUACAAACUAAAGAAAACAUUCGCAUUAUCAUGUUUCCAAUGUUUCUCAUGUAAAAUGAAUUCAACUUUACAGUUUCAUGAAAAGUCGACCGAGAAAGGCGGUAAAUGUAGGAAAAUAUGAACUUUUGGAUUUACGAUUCUGCAAAUUUCGAUCAACUUACGUUUUCUUUUCUCAAUCAGUUAUCGAUUGCAUCAAAUGUUUAACGUGAAAAGUGUCUCAACUGUUUGUCCAUCGAAAGUUUUUCAAUGAAUUUCGUUAACUUCGUCCUUCCAAUCAACCUUUGUGAACCAAUGAGUAAACAUGAACUCGACAAAUCUUGUUGAUAUAAUCGAAGCUACACUCGGCCCAAGUCGAGCCAUUUGCCUUCCAUGGUUAAUACUGUUGACGUUCGUCUACAGUUUAAUCUUUAUCCUCGGUGUGAUCGGUAAUACUGCGACCAUUCUUGUGAUAUUACGCUUCAAAUACAUGCAAAGUGUAACCAACCUGUAUCUACUCAACUUAGCUAUUGCUGAUUUAUUGACACUUUGUGCAGCAAUGCCAUUGGAACUUUAUCAACUCUGGCAUCAGUAUCCAUGGGAAUUGGGUGGACUUCCAUGUCUAUUGAAGGUGUUGAUUCCCGAGACGACAGCAAACGCCUCCAUAUUGACUUUGGUGGCCUUUACAUUGGAGCGAUAUUCGGCCAUUUGUGGUUCGCCCAAAACUCCGCCACCAAACAUAAACUCGAGCAGCUCAACUCGCAAUCGAUUUACUCGUAACACUGUCUUAAUCUGGUUACUUGGUCUACUUGGUGCUGUCCCAUUGGCUUUGUACACUCGAAUCAAUUAUCUUUAUAUUGAUGAUGAACCUUUAAUCGAGUCAGCCUGGUGUGGAUUACCUUUCAAUGAUCCAGACAGAACAUGGGAAACAAUCAUGUUAACUUCAACAAUCAUCUUCUUCAUCUUUCCACUUUUGAUAAUCUGUCUUCUCUACUAUUUUAUUGCCAUUACACUUAAAAAAGCUACUCGCCUUGAUCCAAUUGGAAACAUUGAUAUUCAUCUGAACGAUCAACGUUGUUCUCGUAAAAUCAUGCAAUCGCGAAAAAUUGUCAUCAGAUUAUUAGUGGCAAUUGUGAUUGCGUUUACCAUUUGUUGGACUCCUUUUCAUGCUCAAAGAUUGUUAUUUUUGUACGUUUCACUGUAUUCUGAAUGGUCAAACAAACUUCGAAGCGUUAAUCAAAUCUUGUUCCUUCUUGCUGGUGUCUUCUAUUAUCUCAAUUCAAGUAUUAAUCCAAUCCUUUACUCAGUGAUGUCGACUCGCUUUCGAGUUGCCUUUUCCCUUUACAUUAAUGGCCUUUUCAAUGGAGCUCGAAGUGCGGACAAAUCAGGAGGAGGAGGAAGAGGCAACAACAGUGACAAUUCACUGAUUCUCAAUUUACCCAAUGGUAAACCCAAGCUUCAAUGGAGAUCACCCAAUUUCAUGGAUUCAUAACUACAUUUGGAUAAAUGGCAAAUUUGUGUAAAUAAGAUUUUCAAUUUGGAUAUGGCAAUCUUGAAAUCAAAAGUAUCGAAAUUAUUAUUCACAAAAUUUAAACAAUUUAAGCUAUUGUUGAUUUGAUUUAAAGAAAACAAAUUCGUUUCUAUUGUAUUUAUUGAUUUGUUUCCCUUUCGGGUGCAAUUGGUACAUAAAUAAUUUUAAUAAAUCUCAAUUGAUCUUGAAAAUUUAAAUUUAUUGUCCGUUAUUGUUUGUAAAGAUGUUACAAAUUUUAAGUAAACUCUUUAAAUGGAGUCUUUAUACGAUUUAACAAACAGUCUUAUUACAGCUUUUUAAAUAUUUAAGCAUAAUUUACAUUCCAAUAAAUUAGUUGUUGAACACUGAGUUGUUUAUAGAGUUUCACAGAAUUGAUUCAUUGAGCUUCGAAAACAAAAAAUUGUUGAAAUCGAUUUGCUUCAUGAUUUGGUCCAUGGAUCCAUAGACCAAUUAUUUAUGAGUCCUUC